GGGGACGGCGGGGCGCCCCGGAGGGCGGCGGGCGGGCGCCCAGGAGAUGCGGAGCCGCCGCGGCGGCGGCGGGAUCGGCGCGACAGGACCGUCCCCUCCGAGGAUCACCAUGGAGCCCUUCUGUCCGCUCCUGCUGGCCGGUGUUAGCUUGCCCCUUGCCAAGGCUCUCACGGAAAACAAGACCACCACAGCACAGAGCAACUGGACCUCCACGACCCCAGGCCCCCCAGCCCCCGGCGCGCCCCAGCCCCUGCUGGCCUGGCUGCUGCUGCCGCUGCUGCUGUGCCUCCUCCUUCUGCUCCUCGCCGCCUACUUCUUCAGGUUCAGGAAGCAGAGGAAGGCGGUGGUCAGCGCCAACGACAAGAAGAUGCCCAACGGAAUCCUCGAGGAGCAAGAGCAGCAGAGAGUGACGCUUCUCAGCAGGUCCCCCUCGGGGCCCAAGAAGUACUUCCCCAUCCCCGUGGGGCACCUGGAGGAGGAGAUCCGCGUCCGAUCGGCAGAUGACUGCAAGAGGUUUCGGGAGGAGUUCAAUUCGUUGCCGUCUGGACACGUACAAGGAGCUUUUGAACUGGCCAAUAAAGAAGAAAACAGAGAGAAAAACAGAUAUCCCAACAUUCUUCCCAAUGAUCAUUCCAGGGUGAUUUUAAGCCAAGUGGAUGGAACCCCGUAUUCAGACUACAUCAAUGCUUCGUAUAUAGAUGGUUAUAAGGAGAAGAAUAAGUUCAUAGCAGCUCAAGGCCCUAAACAGGAGACAGUCAAUGACUUCUGGAGAAUGAUCUGGGAACAGAAGUCUGCGACCAUCGUCAUGUUGACGAACCUGAAAGAAAGAAAAGAGGAGAAGUGCUAUCAGUACUGGCCGGACCAGGGCUGCUGGACCUACGGAAACAUCCGCGUGUGCGUGGAGGACUGCGUGGUGCUGGUGGACUACACCGUCCGGAAGUUCUGCAUUCAGUCACUCCCCGACGGCUGCAAAGCCCCUCGGCUCGUCUGCCAGCUGCACUUCACCAGCUGGCCCGACUUCGGAGUGCCUUUCACCCCCAUCGGCAUGCUCAAGUUCCUGAAAAAAGUGAGGACGCUCAACCCCGCGCACGCCGGGCCCAUCGUGGUCCACUGUAGCGCGGGCGUGGGCCGGACGGGCACCUUCAUAGUGAUCGACGCCAUGAUGGACAUGAUGCACACCGAGCAGAAGGUGGAUGUCUUUGAGUUCGUGUCCAGAAUCCGCAACCAGCGCCCGCAGAUGGUUCAGACCGAUAUGCAGUACACGUUCAUUUACCAAGCCUUACUGGAGUACUACCUCUACGGGGACACCGAGCUGGACGUGUCCUCCCUGGAGAAGCACCUGCAGACGCUGCACGGCACUGCCACCCACUUUGACAAGAUCGGGCUGGAGGAGGAGUUCAGGAAACUGACAAAUGUCCGGAUCAUGAAGGAGAACAUGAGGACAGGCAACCUGCCGGCCAACAUGAAGAAGGCCAGAGUCAUCCAGAUCAUCCCGUAUGACUUCAACCGCGUGAUCCUUUCCAUGAAAAGGGGCCAGGAGUACACGGAUUACAUCAACGCGUCCUUUAUAGACGGCUACCGGCAGAAGGACUACUUCAUCGCCACCCAGGGGCCCCUGGCGCACACGGUGGAGGACUUCUGGAGGAUGGUCUGGGAGUGGAAGUGCCACACGAUCGUGAUGCUGACGGAGGUCCAGGAGAGAGAGCAGGAUAAAUGCUACCAGUAUUGGCCAACAGAGGGCUCAGUGACUCAUGGAGAAAUAACGAUCCAAAUAAAGAGCGAUACCCUGUCUGAAGCCAUCAGUGUACGAGACUUCCUGGUCACCUUCAAUCAGCCCCUGGCCCGCCAGGAGGAGCAGACCCGGAUGGUGCGACAGUUUCACUUCCACGGCUGGCCGGAGAUCGGGAUCCCCGCCGAGGGCAAGGGCAUGAUCGACCUCAUCGCCGCUGUGCAGAAGCAGCAGCAACAGACGGGCAACCACCCCAUCACCGUGCACUGCAGCGCCGGGGCCGGGAGAACAGGGACGUUCAUCGCGCUCAGCAACAUUCUGGAACGAGUCAAAGCUGAGGGGCUUUUAGACGUAUUCCAAGCUGUGAAGAGUUUACGACUUCAGAGGCCACAUAUGGUGCAAACCCUGGAACAGUAUGAAUUCUGCUACAAAGUGGUACAAGAUUUUAUUGAUAUAUUUUCUGAUUAUGCUAAUUUCAAAUGAAAACUCCUGCCUUAAAAUAUUUUUAAUUUAAUGGUCAGUAUAUUUUGUAAAAAUCAUGUUAAUUUAUUUCAUAGUUGGCAUUAAUAUCCUUCCUAAUUUCUUUGUAUAUAUUUUGUUAUGCUUUAAAGGCCAUUUGCAGUUAUUAAAUCUCAAAUACCCCUUUUAAAAACUGGAAUAAUGUAUAAGUUCAAAUAAUAUCCCAUAAAAUAUAUAUUUCUGCUAAUCAGUAAAAAUAUUUUAAUUUUUCAUUAGAUUCAUAUUGUAUAAUUUCACACAUUCAGCACCUCUAACUGUUAGAAGUCUUAACAUGCCAAGUGUGUUUAUUUACACAAUAUACCAACCACAGCGUCGUUAAGAAACAGUCGAGGACUCAGAAAUCAGUGGCAGGUGGGCUUCCCUGACACUGACUUCACAGCCCCGAGCAGCAGCAGGUUUUUGAAGGCAAACCUUUGGUGAAGAUGCAGUGUAAUAGGGGAUGUUGCAGUCCUUAAUCUCGACCCGUGUGGUUUAUCUUUGCAUUUAAAGAUCAAAGGAGACUUUACAACCUGAGUCCAGGUCUAAAACACACUAGAGUAGUUGGUGACUAUUAUUAAUACUUAGAAAUGCAUUUAUUCAAGGCUGUGGCGUGCCGUCUUGGCUGGAUGGGUGAGCUGGGAAGGCUGGAGGGCUGAUGUGCCCACAGCUGUGGGUCCAGCAAAACCAGCCCUCAGAGUUUCUCUCCCACGAUGCUUCGUGCUGUCCGUCUGUCUGGGUGUUUGACUCAGAUGGUUCUCUGAGACUCGCGUGACAGAAAAACCACUUCCCAUUCCAAAAGGUCAGGUAGAGCCGGACAUCUCACGCUCACGGAAGCAAAGAGCGCCCGCCUGGUAGAAACAGAACAGCCACAGGCAAUUUUGCGUUAAACUUCUUGAGAAGCAUUUUGGUAUUUGAAGGUCUCUUGUAAAAACCAAGACUGUAAGAAAAGAAAUCUUGAAAUCUAGAUUUAUACAGUUUUUAAGUCCCACUCCUCAAUAUUUAAUAAAAGAAGAAGAGAAAUCCUUAAUCUGAAGGCUAACUUAUUUUUGAAUGGUUACUACUGAGACCUCUGGCACUGGAUACUAAUGAUCCCAGAGCCAGAUGGGAUUGGCUUUUGGGACCAAAAAAAAGGGGAAAGGAUGCAUGUAGAAAGGUUUAAUCUAACAGCGAUCAGUCUGAGACAUUCAGGUGCCUAGAUGAGCACAAUACCAAAAAGACAUCUGGUCUACCUUUCUGAACACAUUGGACAUGCGCAUUUGGGGGUACUUUUUUUGCUUUUUAAAAGAAAUACGAGUCUAAAGGCCUUACUUGCCAUUUCCACUGGUAACUGAUUGCACCUUCCUAUCGCCCUGUUUAUCCCGUGUUCGUUUCUAGUGUUCAUUUCAUCCCAGGGUCGGUUAAGUCCCAAUAGCAGGCCCAAGGCAUCAAGCUUCCACCACACCUCCGAGCCCCGCCCACUGGCCGGAGGAGGCGCCCAGCUGACGGACAAAAGCACAACUUGCGAGCGCUGCCAUCACCACCAGCUGCUGCCCUGGGCCACACACAGCUGGAGGUGCCCAUCUCCCUUCUGGGCACACGAGCAUGCAUUUGGGCCGGGGAGGAAAACGGAGAGUGCUUUGCAAGACCCGCCAGGUGGUCCAUUUGUUGUCAUUGUUAAAAUCCCAAGCCUGAAGCCCUUCUUUGACUACAGGGGAAGAGAAAAGACUGAGUGAGCACCGAAGCCUAGAAACAGAGCCGCUGUUUGGGGUGAAGGCAACAUGGGGUCCAGAGUCAGGGCCGAGGUGCAUGUCUUUGGGUCAGAUUUAGGAACCUUUCGCCAGAAUCCUGCAGGCCCCUUAAUGGUCUAAGUGGCAUCUCUCAUCUUGAGAUUAAGGCAGACCUCCUGGUGGUGCCGUCAGGAAAGCGCCCAUGUGUGUUCCUCUGCUCCCUUGGCCCACCCCCGUGUCCACUGCACUUCGGCCCUCCUGGUUCGGAAAACAUAGCAGAAGCCACGGUCCCUUGGGUUCAGGACCCCCUCUGCACUCAGGGCAGCACCUGCCUGAACAGGAGGCCCAGUAAGAGCAGCCUUCUGGCCUCUGACACCGCCUCCCAGUCCAACAGUCUUGGUGGGCACUCUGGGACUCGGUGUCCUGUCUGUCUGGCCCAGAAAGUUCUCUCUUCUCUCCCUUUGGUCAAAGAAGGUCCGUGUACAUAACGAAACGGCGCCAUGCUGGCGAAGCCGUCUCUCUCUGCUGCCUGCCUUUGCAUUCAGACGCCAAAUAGGGGUUAGGAGGCCACCAUUCUGACCUCCAUGCUUUACCAGUCACUGUGUGACUCGCUGUGCGGUUUUUCUCCACGUGCUAUACGAGUGAAGAAUGCACACCAGUGUUUUAAAAGGUAUUUUUAUGUGUUUUUAAAAACUUUUUAAAAUGAGCCUGACACCUCUGUUUCAGCGUUCGGAGACAUGCCCAUGUUAUUUUUAAAAAUGUAUGUGUAACUGAGACUUCAGUUUUGCUUACCUGAGUUGUGUUUAAUUUAUGUGCAAUCUUUAUAAUAUAUGUAUGUACUUCAGUUUCAACUACCAUUUUUUUUCUUUUAUUACAUUUAUAAUUUGAUCUUGCUCUGACUGUAAUGCCAGUGGAUGUCGCUGAAAUCUUUGUAUAUGCAAAUUGCAAGAUCCAAAACAUUCAGAUACAAGGAUAAAUCUUUACUUUGACUCUCAGCCUGCGUCUCGUUCUUCACUGCAGUCUCCUCUUCCCAUCCUUGUGCCUUAAAUCCCUUUAGACAAGACAUUCGUUAGGAGGUAAGCGCUGACUUAUUAUAAGAUGAUUUUACGGCUUCUAAAAUUUAGCUCGGACACGGCAUAAAGCAGCCCCCCUGGCAAGAGUGAGCGCGGUGGCCGGUGGGUGAGCCCAGUUCUCAUCGUGCGUGAAGCAUGGAGUCAAAUAACUCGCCCUGCAGGGGGCGCACGUUCCCCCUGGAAUCCGAACAGGGCUCUGCGCGCUGAGCGCUGGUUUCUCAGAAUCUCAGAAGGGAGGAUGGCAGCGAGCUCCAAGCCCACGGCCAGGUGGAAUCAGGAAAUCCUUCUAAUGUUGCUUCUCCUCUUAAGUAGUAACUCCUGUGAGGCCCCCCACGCUUGACACGUCUUGUGUCGCUGGUGGUCCCAGCUCUCUCUCCGCCCUCCCCUGACCCACACACCAGCUUCCUCUUUCCCAUACUCUGGGAUUUAAACAGAUGCUUUUUACUAUUUGUUGUAUUUAUUUAAUAAAUAAAUUUUAUAAGCCUU